CCAUGUGUAGAGAGAGUUGUUACUCUUUGUGAAAGAAGGUAGAGGAAAGUGAAGCUUCUACUUGUGCUGUUGACGCUAAGCGGGUAUAACCGCAGAGGUGGCGGCUACUUCUGAUUCUACUCUAGAUCGGUGUACUCACACCAAGUGAUGACCACAACAGUUACGACUGCAGGACACCUUGAAAGCGUGUAAUUAAUAUUAUUAUAUGAAUUGCAGGAUCUCAGGCAGGCCGGUGCUGUCUUCAGCACACAGUCGUACUUGGUAUCUCUAUUCAUUAUCACGUGGAGCGCUACAAACUCGUACCUGCGCUGAAGGAAACCUGUCGUAGCUCCUUGAUCCGCUAUAGUCGUUGCCUCACCUCCCAGACCAGUACAUUGUAUCUCCAAUUGACUGAGCUAUCUGCGACUUGAGAAAUCCACGAGCAGUCUCGAGUGACGUGGCCUUCCCCCGACAAGAAAGUUAGUGUGAUUAGCGUGUGUUUAUCAGUAAUCCGUAAGCAAUGGCGGCACUUGCACAGCUUGGUCGCGAGGAUCUCCUCAAGUUCGAUGAGAGUACGGACGCUGUCAACAGCAAUGACCUGCAACUAGCCAUAGAGCGUCUGUGUGACAUGUACGAAACGCCUGCUCCCAUCGUGUUCAACAAAGCUAUGAUACUGGCUGCUGCUUGUAACUUCAACGAGGCUUAUUUGCUGUUGACGGAAGCACUGAGCCAGGAUGCAUACCUGGUCGUGGCUAGGUUUCAGCGGGGUCUUGUGGCACACAGGCUGCAAAGAAACGAGCAGGCUAUGCAGGACUUUCAGAAGUGUCUGCAGCUGAUGCGUGGUCUGUAUAUCAAUUACUCCACACUCGGACUGGACUUUGUGCUAUGCCGACAUCAUGUUGAGUUUAACCUGGCAGCCGUCCAGCAACUGCUGGGUCUUCAGCAGAUGGCACGGGACAUGUACAAGACGGCUCUCGCAACGAAAGCAAGCAUGGAGAAGGAGUCAAAGGAACGCACCGAUGCCGACAUUCACAUAGCUAAACACAGUGCCACACUCGACCAGCUGCAAAUCUCACUCCCAGCCCUAACUGACCUUACGGUGGAGCCAUGCCGAAUGUCACACAACGUCGGUACAUGUCCGCUCAUCAAGGUUCCCAGACUGACUAUAUACAAACCGCAUGGUCUGGUGUCGGAUAUACUCAACAGGAAGCGCAGUUCAAUUACUUUGGAUAAAGCAACACUACUGUAUGGCCGCCCGGGACAUCAUCAUGAAGUGGGGUUCGAGGGCAGAAUCCGCAGGGAUAGCCUCCAACCAAUGUUUGUCAACACCAAGCAAAGCCGCGCCCGUCACCGCCGUCCUUCCAAGGCCAUGGAGACGUUGGUCAAGGGUAUCGGCCAAACCAGCCUCUUCUUGGCCAUGGGCCGGCAGAGUCGACAGGAGAGAGGCGCUUCAGACGGCAACAUACAGACCAUCAAGCCACCAACACUGGAGGACCUUCAACUUGCUGAGAUGCGCCAGGCUCGCAGCCGAUCUCUCUACAACCCGGCACCAUUGUCGUCCUCAUCCUCCGGGUCAUCACCUUGCACCAACAGCUACCUUCGACGCAAGGCCAGUCAAGACUCACAUCAACUCUACUCUGAUGACAUCACACAUGACGUCACCACCACUGAAGCUCCUGAGACGGUUCAGACGCAUGGCUUGGCCUUGGAUCGAGUGGAUGAGCGGAGCGUGCUGGAAGAGGAGGAAACGGAGGAUCUUUCACAGCCGGAUCACGGAGAGGAGGUGGAUAGUGCCGGAGAGGAGGCAGAAGAAGACGACGCGAGAGAAGGCACAAGAGUUGGCCACCUUCAGUUGAGUGAAGACCUCCCAAACCCCAUCCCCGCGUUCAAGAAGCUCUCCGUUGGCCGCGCCAGCUCAGUGGAAGUUCUCUACAAUCCGAGCAGUGCACCCGAAGAGGAGGUGACAUACGACGCUAACAGCCCUCCUCAGGUCGACUCCGCCAUCUCGUCACAAGAGGACGACGACAGCCAGAGUGACCCGAUCGAAGUAAACGUGAACACCACGCUCACGCCCAGCACACUGCGCGACCUGGCCGUCUUCCUGGAGCACAUACAAGACCAACACGGCGGCCGUCAGAUGGUGGUGCACGUCCACAUGCACGAAAAAUGAUGAUGAAUUGAUGAUGAUGUCACCAAUGAUGUCACAGUAUCCGACGGUGAUGUCACUGAUGACGUCACCAUUUUCCAAAGCAAUUUGGAACAGGUUCUUGUGCUGAUAAAAACAUUGUGAUAAAUAAUAGUACUGUAUCAUGCAUGUUGAGUCUGUGUCUGCUUCCGCUUAUCAUCAUUCCCUGUACAUGUACUGUGUGUGUGUGUGUGACCGGUCAAUGUGAACAAGAGCAGCCGUGUAUGUUACUGUAGCAGCUAGGAAGUUGACUCUACAAUUCCCCAGGACAAGUGUACUGAGAAGUCCAACUCGAAAGGAAGUGAUGGAUUCGCAUUUUUGCUGGCCUAUUUCUGACUAUGCACGCGCGAUGCUGGGCCUGCAGUUUGUUCAUAGGCACAGAAAUGCAAGGAGACCCAUCACUAUCAUUAUAGCUACGAACUCAAUAAGUCUCAAGAUGACACUGCAGCUGUAUUUAUGGUUGAAUGGUAUGGUAGGAAAGACACAUAACGGUAUGGCCGCAUUCAGA